AUGACUACCAAUAUUAACAAUAAAAACAAGAAGAAGAUCUUGGAUGCGAGAAUCCCGGAUCUCAUUCGGAAUGGCCUCCAGACAAGGCAACGUUCCUUCAUAAUAAUGGUUGGUGAUAAGUCAAGGGAUCAAAUACCCAACUUGCACUAUCUUAUGAUGAAUACAGAUUUGAAGAUGAAUAAAUCGAUUCUUUGGGCAUAUAAAAAGAAGCUUCUUGGAUUUACAUCUCAUAGAAAGAAAAGAGAACACAAAAUCAAGAAGGAUAUCAAGAGAGGUCGAAGAGAAGCCAAUGAAUUGGAUCCUUUUGAAGCCUUCAUUUCCAAUCAGCAAAUCAGAUAUGUUUAUUACAAGGAGUCAGACAAAAUUUUGGGUAAUACUUAUGGAAUGCUAGUCCUACAAGAUUUUGAAGGUUUGACUCCGAACUUGAUGGCCAGAACCAUCGAGACUGUUGAAGGGGGUGGCAUUAUUGUGAUGCUGCUGAAAUCCCUACAGUCUUUGAAACAACUAUAUGCUAUGACCAUGGAUGUUCAUUCUCGUUAUAGAACGGAGGCUCAUAAUGAUGUUGUGGCAAGAUUUAAUGAGAGAUUUCUUCUUUCCUUGGCUGAUUGUAAGACAUGUCUUGUUCUUGAUGAUUCUCUUAAUGUCUUACCAAUUUCCGGUGCAAGAGGUGUCAAGAAAUUACCACCCAAAGAUGAUGAUGAAAUUUCCGCUAAACAGCAAGAACUUAAUGAAUUGAAGGAAAGUUUAGCUGAUACCCAACCUGCCGGCUCUUUGGUGGCUCUUUCCAAGACUGCUAACCAGGCCCAAUCAAUUCUUAGGUUUAUUGACGCCAUUGCAGAAAAAACAUUCAACACCACAGUUACAUUAACUGCCGGAAGAGGUCGUGGUAAAUCUGCCGCUCUGGGCAUUUCAAUUGCCGCUGCCAUUGCCCAGGAUUACUCCAAUAUUUUUGUCACGUCUCCUUCUCCUGAGAAUUUAAAGACUUUGUUUGAAUUCGUCUUUAAGGCAUUGGAUGCAAUGGAAUAUGUUGAGCAUCAGGAUUAUGAUAUUAUUCAAUCUACAAAUCCUUCAUUUCACAAAUCCAUUGUCAGAGUUGAUGUUAAAAAGGCCGGUCACAGACAAACAAUUCAGUAUAUCUUACCUACUGAUUCACAUGUUCUUGGCCAGGCAGAAUUGGUUAUCAUCGACGAAGCUGCCGCUAUUCCACUUCCUGUAGUUAAAAAACUUCUUGGUCCUUACCUCGUUUUCAUGGCAUCCACCAUCAACGGUUAUGAGGGAACCGGACGUUCUCUUUCUUUGAAAUUGAUUUCCCAGCUACGAAAGCAAGCCAAGAGUGUCACCAAAGAAGGUGCUGAUGGUCAUCAGUAUGGUGAACCAACUUUCAAAAGAACGAAUGAUGAUGAGAAUGAUUUGGAUAUCAGAGCCCGUAAUUUAGUUGAAGUUACGUUGGAUGAGCCGAUCAGGUAUGCUCCUGGAGAUCCUGUGGAGUCGUGGCUUGGUAAACUUUUGUGUUUGGAUGUUAAGUUAUCCAAGAAUACAAAGUAUGCUACAAGAGGAUGCCCUCAUCCUAGUGAGUGUAGCUUGUUUUGCAUUAACAGGGAUACGUUGUUUUCCUAUGAUCCUGUCAGUGAAGCCUUUUUGCAAAAAAUGAUGGCUUUGUUUGUUUCUUCUCACUACAAAAACUCCCCUAAUGACCUACAACUAAUGUCCGAUGCCCCUGCACAUCAACUUUAUGCAUUGUUUGGUCCAGAUGUUGGUAAGGAUGCUUCGAUUCCAACGCCUCUUUGCGUCAUUCAAUUAGCUCUAGAAGGAGAAAUUUCGAGGGAGAGUAUCCGAAGAAGUUUAAGCAGAGGUAUUCGUGCUGGUGGUGAUUUAAUCCCUUGGCUUGUGUCCCAGCAGUUUCAAGAUGAUGAUUUUGCCUCCUUAUCUGGUGCCAGAAUUGUUCGAAUUGCCACUCAUCCUGACUAUCAAGACAUGGGUUACGGAUCUAGAGCCAUCGAGCUUCUCAGUGAUUACUUCGAAGGUAAGUUUACUGAUGUUAAUGAAUCCAAUAAUUUGGAUAAUGACAGGUUUUCGCUGAGAAGAUUGACUGAUGAAGAGUUGGCACAAAGUUCUUUGAAAGAUGAGAUUUCUCCUAGAAAAGAAGAUAGUUUACCCCCAUUGUUUAUCAAUCUCGCUCAUAAGGCACCUUACUAUCUUCAUUACAUGGGUGUUUCAUAUGGUCUCACUCGUCCUUUGCUCAAAUUCUGGAAAAAAGGUGGAUAUUCACCAGUAUAUCUUAGACAGACUCCGAACGGUCUUACGGGUGAAUAUACUUGUGUUAUGCUCAAAGUGCUUCCAAAUAGAAAAGAUGAAUGGCUUCAAGACUUUGCCAGAGAUUUUCACAAGAGAUUUCUCAGUUUGCUGUCAUACAGUUUCCGUGCAUUUCCCUCUGUUCAAGCCCUUAGUGUCAUUGAAUCUACCAGGACUGGUGGUUCAAUUGCCUCUUCUGGUUCUUUAAGUAAAUCUGACCUUGACGUUAUCUUCUCGCCAUUCGAUUUGAAAAGGCUUGAAUCAUAUGCCAACAAUUUGCUUGAUUAUCAUGUGAUUCUUGAUCUUGUUCCACAUGUAUCCAAUCUAUACUUUGAAGGUAAGCUUGCAGAUGGUGUUAGGCUAUCUCAUGUUCAAAGAGCUAUUCUCCUCUCUGUAGGUUUGCAAAGAAAGGAGAUUGAUGAUGUUGCUAGAGAAUUGAAGAUCGAACCUAAUCAAUCUAUGGCCAUGUUUGCUAAAGUUAUGAGAAAGGUGUCGGGAUACCUACACAGUAUUAUCAAGGAGUCUAUUUCUGGAGAGCUUCCAGAGGUGGAAACUAAAGAGGACGUGGACAACAAACUAAAUAAUGUCGAGGAUAUGGAAAGGGAGCUUGAAGAAGACUUGAACACGGCUGGUAAGGAGGCGGUCAGUGAAGUGAAGGAAAAGCAAAGAGAACUCAUCAAUUCUUUGAAGCUAGAUAAAUAUGUGAUCAAUGACUUUGAAGAUGAGUGGAAGUCGAAUAAGACAUCAUUGGAGAAGGCUGCUAAACGUAAGGGAACUGUCAGCUUGAAGAGUGGAAAGAAAAGAAAGCCUACAGAGACAGCCGAAGACAUUUACAAGCAAGAGAUGACUUCGCUACAGAAUGAAAAGAAGAAAAGAAAGGCCAAAAAAUGA